AUGGGAAUAAAAGUAAGCAAAGUAAAGCACACAGUCUCGCUAGACACAAUGGUGGAGAGAUCUUCUCUCACUAAUCAAGAAAUUUCGAUACACAAAGCAUACAAAUUUGGGAAAAUCAUAGGCGCUGGGAACUUUGGAGUUGUAAGAGAGGCGUUUCCUACUGACUCCUUAAUAAAAGUCGCCAUAAAGGCCAUUUCUAAAGGCAUGAAAGGGUUUGAUAUAAAAAAAGCUUCCAGAGAAGUGGCCAUACUUAAGUCAAUAGACCACCCCAAUAUCAUUAGAUUUAAUGAAGCCUAUGAAGACGACAGAAAUAUUUUUAUUGUUUCUGAACAUUGCCAAGGUGGCCAUUUAUGGAAAAAAAUGAUAACACAAAGAAAACUCACAGAAAUCGAGGCACAGAUUUACAUUAAUCAGAUGCUUCUAGCUAUAAACUAUUUGCAUCUCCACAAAAUUGUACAUAGAGAUAUAAAGCCAGAAAAUUUUUUAUUUGUCUCCCCUGACCACAAUGAGCUAAAGUUAAUUGACUUUGGCUUUGCAAAAAAAUACAAUAAAUUUUCAUCAAUGCGCAAAUGUUUAGGGACAUCUUAUUACAUGGCUCCUGAGGUUUUGAAAGGAAAUUAUAACCAAAAAUGCGAUGAAUGGGGGAUUGGAGUCAUCAUGUACACGAUGCUUUGUGGAGAAUUACCUUUUUACAGUAAAGAUUUGCAUACAGCUUUUGAACAAAUAAAAAAAGGAGCCUUUUGCACAACAAGUGAAAAUUGGGACCAAAUUUCUUUAGAAGGGAAAGAUUUGAUUGGCAAAUUGUUGUCUGUGAAUCCUUCUAAACGAAUUUCUGCAAAAAAAGCAUUAAACCAUCCUUGGUUUCGUACAAUGACAAAUAGUGAUCCUUUAGUCGACGGUUCCUUAAUCAGCUCUUUUCAAGAGUAUUGCAAAUCAUCAGUUUUUCAUAAAGAAAUCCUUAAUAUGAUGAUAAAAUACAUGACUUUCAGCGAAAUCAGGGAAAUAAAUCAGCUCUUCCUAAACUUCGAUAAAGAAAAAAAAGGUGAAAUUUCUAUAAAAUCUUUUACAAGAUUUUUGCAGAGCUCACUUACCAGUAUAUCUAUAGAUACAAUAAAAAACUUGCUUAAGGAAAUUGAUACUGAUAAAGACGGCAUCAUUAAUUACACAGAAUUUUUAGCAGCUGCUGUGAGCUCAAUACAUAUUAAACUUAAAUUGAAGGUCGUAGCUUUUGCCUAUCGGUAACGCAGUCACCAAGGAUCCCCAUGGGGAUUCACCUUCUAUGCGAUGUUGAAAGGGAGAACUUCUUCGAGUUUGAUGACUCACAGGGCGAGUUACAGCUCUUACACCACCUGACGCUGUUGCACCUGCGAAGUAGGGUUCUUUAUCUCCGUCUCCUCCUUGUCUUGCCGGCUCCAGUGUUAAGUGAGAAGGCUAUGGACUUCUGCAGCAUUCUGCUUGGGUUAACGAAGGCUCACCACCAAAAAUUCCAAAAAAUGGAAUUUCUGGUAGGCUAUCAAUAAAAAUGAAAAAUUCAAAGCCAAAGGCGUAACCCCAGUUUCAAGAGAGGAAAGUAGCCAAAUGGUCUAGGCAUCGCCUGCAGAUUAUGCUGGGCAUUCCCUUUCCAAUUCUGAACCCGCCUUUUCCUUUGAGGUAAAAUCCAAUCCUGAAAGCGGACUAGGGAUAUUAAGGGUAAAAUCCUAUAGGCCCUGCACAUUACCAGAAUCUUACCUAGCAUUGCAGUCAAUUUCUGGGUUAGAAAAAGAUUGCCGGAUAUAAUUAAAUAUGUGCUCGGAGGAGUCGGCAAAGCCGACAGCUAAGCGCUGAGACACCAUAUUUAAUUAUGGAGUUCAAUACAUCAGUUUACUCAAGACGAAAUUUGGUUCAUUUUUGAUCAGUUUGAUAGCGAAAGGAAAGGAUUUAUAACACCAAAUGACAUUAGAAGAACAUUGCAAAGGUCAGGUUGUACAAUAGAAAAGGACAUAGAAAGUAAAUUGCUGAAAGAUAUUGGAAGAAAAAACAUUGCGAAAAUUGAUUUCAAAGGAUUUCUUGAUAUCUUUACAAAUGGGUGGAGGAAUUAG